CCGUCCAUCUCCGCACCAACGGUCGCGGCCCUCCGUUUCCUUUUUAAAUACGCUCCCCAAACCCAUCCCACCACCACCGUCUCCUCCAAGACGCUCCUUUCGCUGCGGCUCUUGUCUCAGCUCCUCGCACCAACCGCAUCCGCUCCGCUCCGCUCCGAGAGAGGUUGAUCGAGAAGUGGUGGUGGACAUGGGCCAGAUCCAGUACUCCGAGAAGUACUUUGACGACACCUACGAGUACAGGCACGUCGUCCUCCCGCCCGAGGUCGCCAAGCUUCUCCCCAAGAACCGCCUCCUCUCCGAGAACGAGUGGCGUGCGAUCGGCGUUCAGCAGAGCCGCGGGUGGGUGCACUACGCGAUCCACCGGCCGGAGCCGCACAUCAUGCUGUUCCGCCGCCCGCUCAACUACCAGCAGCAGCAGGAGGCGGCUGCCGCAGCGGCGGCGCAGAUGCUGCCCAAGUGAGCCCUCCGGUGAGGGAGGCGGCGACCGUGGGUUUGGAGUGUUUAAACCAUAAGCCCCUUUUCCUCUCUAAAAGGGGCGUCGCUAUGCUUCCGAUUAAUUUCUCCUCCUGUUGGUUGGAAUCAAGUGACUGGUCUUGGUGGUGUCCACUUUGUGUUCGUUGAAAUGCCUAUGAAGGAACUGGCAUGUACUAGGCUGUGUUAUGAUGAGUACUCUUAAUUACACUACCAUGUGUUGCGAUUCUGGUUUACAUUCCUGUUCCUGAUGGUGUUAUUCUGGUUUGUAGUACUGGGCUAAUUAAUCUGUUAUGUGAUGAUCUGGUUGUGCUUAUGUUUGUCUAUGAA